CCAUCCGAAGUGUUAUAUUCAUUUAAUGCUAUCGGAAUGAUGUCUGGACCGAAUUUCAUCGGAUUUCUAAUGUUAUAACAGUGAUAGAUAAUAUUGUUGAUCAAUCGUUUUUCGCCACCGUGAUAGUGCAGUGUUAAUUUUUUUACUAAGACAAUUUUUGUAUUGUUAUUAAACCAUUAAACUUGGAAUAACUUGAAGCUAAUGAGAAACAAAUAAACAAAGGAUUUUUAUUCUAUCUGGAAUUUAAUCUAAUACAUAAUAUACAAAAUGAAAUCAAUUGUAUUGGUGUCCGUAUUUGCAUUCGCUGUAAGCUCAACAUCUGCAAUUUUACCGAAGAAACGCGAUGCUGCUUUAUUUGGUAACAUUCAAAAUCCGUUCCAACAACAGUUUGCUGGUUUGACAUCAGCACUAGCAUCACUAAGUUUUGGUAAUUCUCAAAAUGAACCUAAUGAAUCUCAACUCCAACAAGCAUGGAGUGACUAUUCGGAACUAGCACAACAACCAUUUGGUGUUCCUCAACAAAGUUAUAGUGAUCAGCAAAGUCAAUCACAACAAUUGCCUAAUACACCGCAACAAAGACCUCAACAACCCCAGCAAAACUAUAAUGCACCACAACAAAACUUAAAUAAUCCACUAGAUCAAAUAGAUUUAACAUAUAAUACCCCCCAACAGCGUCCUCAACAAAAUUUUGGUAAUUCUCAACAACAACCUGGUCAAACCAUUGCUCAACCUCAACAAAAUUAUGGAACACUUCAACCCUCGUCAACACAACAGCAAUCACUCCCGUCAAAUUAUUUACCUUCACAGCAAUCUCAAACUCAAUUAAAUAUCAAUCCCGUUCAACCUUCUCCACAGAAUUCAUUACAACAACAAUUUCCAACUUCACAGUCUAGCUACACCCCACAGCUUCAAUUUUUACCUCAACCCCAGCCUAGUUAUGGACCUCCUCUACAACAAUCACCCCAGGCAUCAGCUCAACCACUACCAAGUUAUGGAACUCCAACUCAACAACAACCACAACCACAACAACCACCACAACCAAGUUAUGGACCACCAACUCAACAACAGCCACAACAAGAUUACGGAUUAGCCCCUCAACAGCAACCACAACCACCAGUACAGCCUCAGCCAAAUUACGGAGCUCCAACUCAAGAACAAACACAGCAAUCACAACCAUCACAACAACCAUUACUUUCACAGCAGCCACUACCAAGUUAUGGGUCACCAACCCAACAACAACCACAACAACCACCACUACCAAGUUAUGGGCCACCGACCCAACAACAACCACAACAGCCAUUACCAAGUUAUGGACCUCCUACUCAACAGCAACCUCAACAACCCAGGCCACAGACGAGUUAUGGAACUCCUUUACAACAACAACAACAGCAAACACAAUCCAAUUUCGUUAUUCCUCCUCAACUACAAUUAAAUUCUCAAUCGCAGCCUAACUAUGGUUCUCCACUACAACAACCACAAUCAUUAGGCCAACAGCAGUUAAAUUACGGACAGCCAACACAGCAAUCAAUAGCGCAGCCGCAACCAAAUUUGUCUUUAAGGACGCCUCAAAACUCUUUUAAUACUUAUUUACCUCCAAGACAAUCUAACACGAAUAGUGGUUCACAACAAAAUAAUCAACCUGCAGUUGUUCAGUCAAUUAGUUUUGGUAUACCGUCUCAAACAUUUUCACCACAGAAUUAUGGAAAUUCUCAAAGUUCACAAUCACAACAACCACAAAGGCCUCAAAUUCAACAACAACAAAAUAGUAAUAACCAAUUCCAGGGUUAUUCUUACAAUACACCAACUACUACACAAAGACCUCAACAACAACAGCCAGCUCAACAAUCUGGUUAUGCUUAUAGUACACCACAAACCCCUCUUUUAUUACCACAACCACAAAAUAGACCACAACAACCACCAGCUAGUGCUGGUUAUUCAUACAAUCCACCUACUCAAAAUCCUAUCAGAGCAACACAAUCUCCAGCAAUUCAGCCAACAGUAGCUGUACCAUCUCAAUCGCAAUUGCCACAGCUUCCGUCGAGUAUUUAUGGACCACCUAGGUCAACACAAUCACCAACUCAAAGACCUCAAAAUAACUAUAUUUAUACGGGUGUACCAACAACGCCUAGGCCUCAAGCACAACAACCUCAACAACAAGGAUAUAAUUACAAUCCACCAUCACAAGUUCAGCAAAGACCCCAGCAAGCUCCAGCACCAUCAGGCUAUUCAUAUAAUACUCCAUCAAUUCCAUUCCCAACGCCAACAGGUGCUACUAAUUCUCAGCCCUCACAGUUUGCCUACAAUUCUGUUACAUCAACUACGACUUUCACUACUCCAGCGCCAUCAGGGCAAAAUUAUUUACCUGCAACAGGAGCUUCGUCGCAGCCUAAUAGACCACCGACGUUUAAUACCCAACAACAACAAAAUAUUAAUCCUUCACAAUUUAACAAUAUUAAUCGUCAACCAUCUGGUCAAAGUGGAUUUCAGCCAUCAUUUAUUGCGUAUGAUGCGUUUGCAGCACCACAACCUCAACCACCUCAAUAUGGUUAAAUUAAAAAAUCUUAAUUAUGAAUAAGAUAGCAUAGAACAUAUUUGCCAUCUAGUCUGUCAAAAUAGUCUAUGUUAUGUUAUAGACUGUUACUAACUGGAUAUUUAUCAGCCAUACGAAAUGAAGUGUAAUUAUAAAUUAUCUUUGUAUGAAUAAAUAAAGUCAGUGUUGUGAUGUCAUGAAAUUUAAUAAACACAUCUUAAAGAACUAACAUUGACUUUUAACAUGUAAUAAAUAAUUUUAACUUACUAUUUAACUAUAAAAUAUAGACUAGACAAUUUCGAUGUAAAUACAUUUAUAUUAUUUUCAAUGUCAUUUACCAAACGAUUAUUGUAAGAUUUAUUUUUAAUUGUGUUUAAGUUUUACACUAAGUCAUUUUAUAUAGAUAAGAAUACAUCAUAUGAUUUUAUACAUGAUAAGAAUAUCCAUGAUAAUAUAUUUAUGUAAUAUUAACAUUGUUUUAUUAUUGUUACAACAAAAAUAAUAGAACUAUUGAUAUUACUAUGGCGUAGUAUAAUAAAAUGUUUUGAUUUAUGAUGUAUUUUUUUAAUACCUUACAUA